AUGCCGUUCUCCGACCGAACACGGUUUCCAAAACUGCAGGUGUUGGGAGGAAGGGUGCAUAAAAAGCACGCUGCCAAUGAGUUGGGCAGGAAGAGGAUCUUUUGCCUCGGUGGUCCUCUCGUCACUUGCACCCAGGACUGCGAGCGAGGCUGUGUCUGGAGCCCUGAGCAUCUCCCAUUUUUAGCUCGAAGAACCAUCUGGAGAAGACUCUGCCUAUGCAAAGAUGGUCUCUUUCUUUCUGCUCCUGGCUGCUGGGAGGAUCAUUGCCGGCAUAGUGCCAGGUUGAUCUGUCCGAAGGAAAGAGAAGUUUGCCUUACACAGCUUGGGACCACAAUUCCUGGUGGACCGCCUCUCCUGACACGAACCCACCCGUACACUACGUUCAAGAUCAAAGGCCCUCCAGAGGUGAUCCCCUACACUCCUCGUGUCUCCGACCAAAGCAUAGAAGGCAAGAUCACUGGCAGCACCUUUGUCCUGGAGCCACCAAGCUGUAUUUUCGACCCCUUUGUGAACGCCUCUGACAACAUCUGGCUGGUGGUUACAUACGUCAAUGCCACAGCCAAAUUCAAGAACCCAGUGACUCCUCAGCAGAUCCCGCCGUAUGAAGCAUUAUACACCACGUAUGGCUACAUGACCAUGAAAUCCACCAUCUCCCAGUACCCCUGCAGAAAAGGCAAGGCAAACGUCCUCCGGGUUGGGAACGAAUCGUCUUGCAAGAACGAUGACAGCCGGACCAGCUGCAAUGGUCCCCUACCUUCUCAUGGUCCUUUCAGAGUGAAAUUCCUCGCCAUGAAUUCCAAUGGUUCCAAAGCUGAAACAAGGUGGUCUGCUCCGAUCACACUGACCAAAGUUCAAGCAUGGAAGACGGUGGAUACUUGGCCAGGACGUCGCAGCGGGGACAUGAUAGUCAUUACCGUCAUUCUCUCUGCCCUCUGUGGGGUCGUCACCAUCGGUUUCCUUAGCACCGUCUGCUAUGAAUGCUUCAAGCUUUGGCGGCAGGGCCCACCAGAAGAGAACCAAGAGGAGCCACCGCGCCAGGAGCCCUUCCAAGCCAGUCGCUAUGACACGCACCACAUCCCCCCUGCCCCACCUGUGCCACCUCCUCCUCCUGCCAUGGACAUGCCCAGUCCUCAACUCAUCUCCACCUCUUCCUAGAGCCAUGGGUGCACUUUCUUGGCAAGUCCGGUCCAAGUCUGAUUUCAUCCAGACCAGACAGCCACUGGUGGCUGGCGUCUCCCUAUCAGUGGGGCAGUGGAAUUUAGGUUUCAGCAGCUUGGCCAGCUCCUUGAAAGCUCAGACUAAAACCUGGAGUGGAUUCCACUGCCCCACUGACCUGGAGCUGCCAGCCACCACUGGGGCACCCACCUUUAUGCUAGCAGCUCCACUCAACAAUCACUGCUUGAUCCCCGCAAUACAAAGAAAUACUUCUUCUCAUGGUACUCUUCCACUCAGUGCCAGCCUCUUCUUCACUCACUUCCUUGAAUGUCACAUUACUAAAAUGACUGUGAUUGUUUCCCUUUAAAACAACAACAACCUACAAUGACGUUAUAAUGCCGCCUCCAUCAAUCAGGUGCCCUCCAGAUGUUUUGGACUACCACUCCCAUCAUCCCCAGAACCAGCAAGCGCUGGCUCUUGGGCUGAUGGGAGUCGUAGUGCAGAAUAGAUUCAGGCGGGCAGAGGCUGUUCUAACGAUUUCGCAAGGGAUUGAUUCUGCUGACGGAAUGGCUGCAACACAAACGUACCCAGCAACAUGAAUAUGUAGAAAGGACACGGGCAUGUUGAGUCCAUGUGGACUCAGGUCCAUGCAUGCGCGCACACCGGAGUCAGAGAUAUACCUCCCCCUCUUCAAAUACUUAACAUCUGAAGGGAGACUUUACUUGCCUGGUGCUUAUAUGUGCUGGAUCGCUGGACAGGCACUGAAUGCCAUAUAUAAUUCCCUGUGCACUGCAGCCACUCACUUCCCUGAUUGCAUGCUGUUGUUUGCCUAAAAGAUUUUCAAACUGUGGACUGCUCUCUUUAUCCUAAUCUCAGGGAGCCCUGUUCAACAU